UUGACCAUUUUCAGAUUCUCCGGGCCAUCGGGAAAGGGAGUUUUGGAAAGGUAUGCAUCGUGCAGAAGCGAGACACGAAGAAGAUGUACGCGAUGAAGUACAUGAACAAGCAGAAGUGCAUCGAGAGGGACGAGGUGCGGAACGUGUUCCGGGAGCUGCGGAUCAUGCAGGGCCUGGAGCACCCCUUCCUGGUCAACCUGUGGUACUCCUUCCAGGACGAGGAGGACAUGUUCAUGGUGGUGGACCUGCUGCUGGGCGGGGACUUGCGCUACCACCUGCAGCAGGACGUCCACUUCACGGAGGGCGCGGUGAAGCUGUACAUCUGCGAGCUGGCCCUGGCGCUGGACUACCUGCAGAGCCACCGCAUCAUCCACAGAGACAUCAAGCCAGACAACAUCCUGUUGGACGAGCACGGACAUGUUCACAUCACAGACUUCAACAUCGCCACCGUCGUGAAGGGAGCAGAAAAGGCUUGUUCCAUGGCCGGGACCAAGCCCUACAUGGCCCCGGAGGUGUUCCAGGUGUAUGUGGACGGAGGCCCGGGGUACUCGUACCCUGUUGACUGGUGGUCCCUGGGCGUCACCGCGUACGAGCUGCUGCGAGGCUGGAGGCCCUACGACAUCCACUCGGCCACGCCCGUCGAUGAGAUCCUCAACAUGUUCAAGGCGGAGCGGGUGCGCUACUCGUCCACGUGGUGCAAGGGGAUGGUGGCCCUGCUGAAGAAGCUCCUGGCCAAGGACCCCGAGAGCCGCCUGUCCAGCCUCGGCGACAUUCAGAGUGCACCCUACUUGGCCGACAUGAACUGGGACGCGGUGUUCGAGAAGGCGCUGACGCCCAGCUUUGUGCCCAACAAAGGGAGACUGAAUUGUGACCCCACCUUUGAACUUGAAGAAAUGAUUCUCGAAUCCAAGCCACUUCAUAAAAAGAAGAAGAGGUUGGCAAAGAACAGGUCCAAGGACAGCACGAAGGACAGCUGUCCCCUGAAUGGACACCUGCAGCAGUGCCUGGAGGCCGUGCGGAAGGAAUUCAUCAUAUUCAACAGAGAGAAGCCGAGGAGACAGCAGGGUCAGGGCGGCCAGCUCGUGGACACCGAGGGCCACGCUGGGAGUCAGGCCCAGGGCAGGCUCCAGGACGGGGGCAGCCACCACCACCUGGGCCACACCUGCCCCCGGGGCUGCAGGAGCUAA